UAGCCUGUCAGUGUCCUUCUCUAUGCAAAGUGAACUUCCUCACAGUCUGCUAUAAAGACUUGAUAUCAUGCUGUCAGUUGCAGCAGAAGAAGAGAAGCUCCCAUCAGAUCACCUUCAAUAGCAACCAUGUUCUCUGUAGCUCUGCUGCUGCUGCUGGCUGCUGGAUCCUGUGUGAAGUGUGAACAGUUGACCCAGCCAGCCUCUGUGACGGUGCAGCCAGGUCAACGUCUGACCAUCACCUGUCAGGUCUCUUAUUCUCUCAGCAGCUACAACACAGCUUGGAUCAGACAGCCUGCAGGGAAAGGACUGGAGUGGAUUGGAAUGAAACAUACUGGAGCUUCAUACUACAAAGAUUCCCUGAAGAACAAGUUCAGUAUCGACUUAGAGACUUCUAGCAAGACAGUGACUCUAAAUGGACAGAAUGUGCAGCCUGAAGACACUGCUGUGUAUUACUGUGCAAGAGAGCCACAAAUUGUUGGGGGUGAUGCUUUCGACUACUUGGGCCGUGGGACCGUAGUCACAGUAAUAGAUACUACAACUGCACCGACUCUGUUCCCUUUGGUUCAAUGCAAACCUGGGGCUGCAGAUAGAAUCACUGUUGGCUGUCUUGCACAAGACUUCUACCCAAAGAGUCUUACUUUACAGUGGACCGAUUCCAGUGGGAAAAGCCUGGCUACAGCUGUACAAUAUCCUCCAACUGAGAAAAACAGCAAAUAUACAGGAGUCAGUUUGCUCACUGUAUCAAAAUCUGAAUGGGAUUCAUGGAGCUCUUUUACUUGUUCUGUGACUCACCCUGGAACGCCCCCCCCCGUGACACUGUUAAAAAAGGCCUCAUAUCCUGUCAAAAUGGAACUGAACCAACCAAGUCCCAAAGAAAUCUUUAGCAACAACCAGGCAAAGUUGAAGUGUAUCGUUACUGGACCGGAACAGAAUGUUGUAGAUCAAAUUCAAAUCACUUGGAAAAUCGAUGGAUCCCCUGUGACCAACAACAUCACACCAACACAGUCGGGAGUCAGCACAAUGACUCUUACCCGCACUGAGUGGUACAAAGUCAACAACGUGCGCUGUUCUGCCACAAAAGACGAUAUGACACCAGUUAUUCAAGAUCUGACUUUCCACAAAGGAGAUGGGAGCGAGCCAAAAGUAACAGUCCACAUCCUCCCUGAUGAGGACAUCAUUGAUGAAGUCACUCUGGUGUGUCUGGUGUCCAAUCCGGUGCAGCAAGAUUACUACAUCGCCUGGUCAGAACAUAUUGGAACAAACCCCCCCAUCUAUACUGAUGGCAUUAACUUCAGCCAAGGGAAGACCCCACAAGGCUACUCAGUUGCAAGUAUUUACACCACCACCAAAGACAAGUGGAACAGCUCCAUCAUGUUCUCCUGCAAUGUAUGGCCUGGUAGAGGUGAACAGCCUAUUAAAUCCAGAGAUGUGUCUAAGGCCAUGAGUAACUCCAUGGAAUGUGAGAAAUAG